AAAGUCUGGUGAAGUUUUGUGGUGCACUAAAUAUUUCUGGAGCCUCACAGCAAAAAUGGCGUCGCAGUAAUCUCCUAUAAACAACUGAAGCAGAUGGGGCCUUGUUUUGAAACAUGGCAGAACAACUGAAAAAUGGCUGAGGCAUACAGCUUGUCCAGUGUAAUCCAGAAGCCUAAAACCCUAAACUGAUCAAAAAGACAGUUUUUCGAAGAUGAACUUGGGGAUCUCUGGACGUCCAGAGACUCUGGGUGAGCUGUGUGGAGCAAUUUAAUUAGUUUUGGGGUGCUUUUUUUUAUGUUCCUGGCUGCUCUAGUUGUUCUGGAGAAUGCCGCAGCUCUGUUUUGCCGUGAAGCUCCAGAAAUAUUUUGUGGACCACAAAAGCUUCAACUGACUUUGCAUUUCUUGACAAACUUAACCUUCGAAGGCCAUCAGCCAGACCAGUACAGUGCAGAGCGCUGAUCAUCUGCCUUGUUUUGAUACUGCACACACACACACACACACACACACACACACACACACACACACACACACACACACACACACACACACACACACACACACAGUCAAAAAGAUACACGCCUGCUCGCCUUUGGAGGGAGGUCAGUUGUCGUAGUUGUUAGGCAUCCCACUCCAAGGUGUGUAUUUUUAGCCCACAGCCAUGAUCCCCCCCUUUAUCUGGACCUGUGCAAUUGUGGCAGAGUGGGAGAUUAUAUUACUGCUUUACUCUCGUCAACCAAACUGCACAGCGCAUAAUACAGGAGGAAGGACCUCAUCAAUGGGAAAUUACAAGUCAAGACCGUCUCAGACGUGUACAGAUGAGUGGAAGAAGAAGGUGGGCGAGUCGUACUCUGCGAUCGUGGAGAAGUUGGAGGACGAUCUCCAGCUCAAAGACAGCGAGCUCGUGGAUCUCAAACUUGCUUUCAGCUCCGAUGAGGCUUUUCAGAAGGUGAAUGUGAGCUACCGAACAGAGAAGGGGCUGUCGCUGCUGCAUCUCUGCUGCGUGUGUGGAGGAAACAAGGCCCACAUUCGCACCCUGAUGCUCAAAGGCCUGCGUCCUUCCAGACUGUCUAGGAACGGAUUCACCGCCCUCCAUCUGGCUGCUUACAAGGACAAUGCUGAGCUGUUGACUGCGCUUCUCCACGGAGGGUCAGAUGUGCAGCAGGUGGGCUACGGUGCCCUCACCGCCCUGCAUGUGGCCACCAUCGCUGGGCACCACGAGGCAGCAGAUAUACUCCUGCAGCACGGCGCCUUCGUGAAUGUUCAGGAUGCUGUGUUUUUCACGCCGCUGCAUAUCGCUUCUUAUAACAACCACGAGCAGGUGGCGAAGCUUCUGCUGAAGUUUGGGGCGGAUGUGAACGCGAGCGGGGAGGUAGGUGACCGCCCGCUGCACCUGGCGGCAGCCAAAGGUUUCCUCAGCAUCAUCAAACUGCUGAUGGGGGAAGGGAGCAAAGCUAAUGUAAACGCCCAGGACAACGAAGAUCAUGUUCCUCUCCACUUCUGUGCCCGCUUCGGUCACCAUGACAUUGUGCGCUUCCUCCUUCAGGGCAACUCUGACAUACAGCCUCACUCUGUCAACAUCUACGGGGACACGCCAUUACACCUGGCCUGCUAUAAUGGGAAAUUUGAGGCAGUGAAGGAGAUCACACAGCUCUCCGGCACAGAGAGCCUGUCAAAGGAGAACAUAUUCAGCGAGACAGCACUUCACAGUGCGUGCACCUACGGUAAAGACCUGGAGAUGGUGAAGUUCUUGUUGAGCCAGAACGCCUUGAGCAUCAAUUGCCAAGGCAGAGACGGACACACAGCUCUACACAGUGCCUGUUUCCAUGGCCACAUCCGCCUGGUGCAGUUCCUGCUGGACAACGGGGCGGACAUGAACCUGGUUGCCUGCGACCCCAGCCGGUCCAGCGGGGAGAAGGACGAGCAGACCUGCCUGAUGUGGGCUUAUGAGAAAGGUCACGAUGCCAUUGUCACCUUACUGAAACACUACAAACGUCCGGAUGAGUCGCCCUGCAAUGAGUACUCCCAGCCAGGAGGGGAUGGCUCCUACGUUUCUGUGCCGUCUCCUCUGGGAAAGAUCAAGAGCAUGACUAAAGAGAAAGCAGAAGUUCUCCUCCUCAGGGCCAGCCUCCCGUCUCAUUUCCACCUUCAGCUGUCUGAGCUGGAGUUCAACGAGAUUAUCGGAUCAGGCUCCUUCGGAAGAGUCUACAAAGGCAAAUGUCGAAACAAAGUUGUUGCCAUAAAACGCUAUCGAGCCAACACAUACUGCUCGAAGUCCGACGUGGACAUGUUCUGCAGAGAAGUCUCCAUCCUCUGUCGCCUCAACCACCCCUGUAUCAUCCAGUUUGUGGGGGCCUGUUUGGACGACCCCAGCCAGUUUGCUAUUGUAACCCAGUAUGUCUCUGGAGGCUCUCUGUUCUCUCUGCUGCAUGAGCAGAAGAGGCUUAUCGACCUGCAGUCCAAGCUCAUCAUCGCCAUCGAUGUGGCCAAGGGCAUGGAGUACCUGCACAAUCUCACCCAGCCGAUCAUCCACAGGGACCUCAACAGCCAUAAUAUUCUGCUCUAUGAGGAUGGGCAUGCAGUGGUGGCUGAUUUUGGAGAAUCCAGGUUUCUGCAAUCGGUGGAGGAGGAUAACAUGACCAAGCAGCCGGGGAACCUGCGCUGGAUGGCUCCCGAGGUCUUCACUCAGUGCACUCGCUACUCGGUGAAGGCGGACAUGUUCAGCUACGCCCUGUGUCUCUGGGAGCUGCUGACUGGAGAAAUUCCCUUCGCUCACUUGAAACCUGCUGCUGCUGCUGCAGACAUGGCCUACCAUCACGUCCGGCCUCCUAUUGGCUACUCCAUCCCCAAACCCAUCUCCGCGCUGCUGAUGAGAGGCUGGUACGCCUGCCCGGAGGACCGGCCCGAGUUCUCUGAGGUGGUUUCCAACCUGGAGGAGUGCUUGUGCAACGUCGAGCUGAUGUCUCCGGCCUCCAGUAACAGCAGCGGCUCCCUGUCGCCCUGCUCCUCCACCGACUGUCUGCUGGGGCGAGGAGGGCCCGGCAGGAGCCACGUGGCCGCCCUGCGCUCUCGUUUUGAACUCGAGUACGCCCUCAAUACGCGCGCAUACGCCUUCUGGAGUCAGAGGUACGAGAACUCAAGCACGGUCACAGACAGUGAGCGCCGUCGUGCAUCUGGAGGCCUUUCACUGGAGGAACUCAGAAGGAACAUGCAGUUUUCUCCCAUUGAUCGAAACGGGUACGUGUCUGAUCCCAUGAGCACCAUGAGAUUCUGCUCGUCUUUCAGCAGCAGCGGCAGCUUCGAGGACAGUAACUAAACCUGCUUCAAGCUCCCUCUUUGUUAUUAUUUUAUUUGUGGCUAUUUGGACUGUUCAUUUGAAGUAAAUAGAAUAGAAUAAACAGUAACAAGUAUGAGAAGAAAAUAGUGCCAGCGGAACUGUAUUUAGUUGUAACAUACUCUAUAUGGACGAGCUGUAAGAAUUCAUAGCACCCUCUAUGUCUGUAAUAUUUAGUUUUGUGCUACAUUGAGUUUGUCACAAACAUUUUUUAAGACUGUUGACGUUUUUAGAUCUUGUAAAUACUGUAUGUGAUAAUCAAUUGUUCUUGUGUACAUGGUUUACCUAAUAUGAAAUACAAGCUUUAAAAAUCCCA